AUGCCAGCGUUCACGCGUGGUCCACAGGAAAGUGGUCCACCGGAAAUAAGUGACGAGAGGUUGGCACAUAUCCUCUCGGAGUCGGGCCACCUACAGAUGAGGGGUGAGCACGAGGUGUCGAACGACACCGCGGACAGCAAAAGUCCGAAUAGAAUCGGUUGUCCGAGCCCGUUUAACAAAGACAGGCUCGACAGUCAAAAUAGGAGACUGAAGAAAUACGAGAACGACGACAUUCCGCAAGAGAAGGUAGUCAGGAUUUACCAGGAGGAGCUGGCUAAACUCAUGGGAAGAAGGGUCGAGGAUCUACGCGGACCCAGAGAGUUCUCUUCCAGCGCGAUGUUCCCGUACUUUUUCAGCGGCGCGCAGGGCGGUCUUCAGGGUAUAGAGCGGACGCAGGAGGACAUCAGGCUGGCGCUGGACGCGUACCAUCGAGAACUUCAGAAGCUGAACGCGACGCCAGGUCAGAAUCCCUCGUUGACCGGACUGCCAGGACUGCCCGGUCUACCUGGCCUGCUGGCACUUCAGCAGCAGGCGCUUCAACAACACCAUCUGGCGACGAACGGCGGCGGCGGCGGCGGAGGCGGUGGAGGCGGCGGAGGCGGCGGCGGUGGCGUUCAAGAUCUAAGCCUCGGCAAAGUCGAUCCGAGGAGCAAGAUGAUAAACGGAGUGUCGGAAGAGGAGAAAGAGAAGAUGGAGGAAGCGAUGAGACACGCGGGGAGCGCUUUCUCGUUGGUCAGGCCGAAACAGGAGCCGACCACUGCACCCCAAUCGACGCCAGGUGGAUCAAGCGCCAGUUCACCGCUCGGCAACUCGAUUCUUCCACCAGCGAUGACACCUAGCGAGGAAUUCUCGGGUGCAGCAGCGGCCAGUCCUCUUCAGAGGAUGGCCUCUAUCACGAACAGUCUGAUCAGUCAACCGUCCACGCCUACCCACCACGCGGCCAACCAGAGGCCGCUCAAAGCUGUGCUUCCUCCCAUCACUCAGCAACAGUUCGACAUGUACAAUAACUUGAACACAGAGGACAUUGUUAAGAGAGUAAGUCGGAUAGUGAAGGAGCAGUUGUCUCAGUACUCGAUCUCGCAGCGUCUGUUCGGAGAGUCUGUGCUUGGCCUGUCGCAGGGUUCCGUGUCGGACCUGUUGGCGCGUCCGAAACCGUGGCACAUGCUGACGCAGAAAGGUCGCGAGCCCUUCAUCAGGAUGAAGAUGUUUCUCGAGGACGACAACGCGGUGCACAAACUGGUCGCCAGCCAGUACAAGAUCGCGCCAGAGAAGCUGAUGAGGACCGGCGGCUACGGUGGCCUGCCUCCCUGUGGAACGCCUAUGAAACCGAUGCCCCCGACGAAACUGGUACAGGAACAGCUUCAGAAUGCAGCGAAGGCGCAGGCGGCGGCGCAGGCCGCGGCUCAAGCGGCGGCACAACAUCAACAGGAGAACCAAAUGCAGCUUGGCCCGCCUCAACAGAGUCCUCAGCAACAUCCUCAGCACCCUCAGCCACCGCCGCCGAUGAUGCUGACACCGCCUGGCCCUCAUCAUCCUCACUCUCAGCUCAGCAUGCAGGAGCUGCAGAAGAAGCAGCAGCAGCAACAGCAACAGCAGAUGAACCUCCAUUCCCCGCAUCACCAAAUGAACCCAUCGCCACUCCGUAGUCUCCACCCGCACAUUUCGCCGAGCGUGUACGAGAUGGCCGCGUUGACGCAAGACCUCGACACGCAGACGAUCACGACGAAGAUCAAGGAGGCGUUGCUGGCCAACAACAUCGGUCAGAAGAUCUUCGGCGAGGCUGUGCUCGGACUGUCGCAGGGCUCGGUCAGCGAGUUGCUCAGCAAACCAAAGCCGUGGCACAUGUUGAGCAUAAAGGGCAGGGAGCCGUUUAUAAGGAUGCAGCUGUGGCUGUCCGACGCGCACAACGUGGAUCGGCUGCAGGCGUUGAAGAACGAGCGCAGAGAGGCGAACAAGAGGAGGCGUAGCAGCGGACCGGGUCACGACAACAGUUCCGACACGUCGAGCAACGACACGGCCGAGUUCUACCACGCGGCCUCGCCUGGACCGGGGCCAGCCUCCGCCAAGAAGCAGAGGGUUCUCUUCUCCGAAGAGCAGAAGGAAGCUCUGAGGCUGGCGUUCGCGCUCGAUCCGUAUCCGAACGUGGCAACCAUCGAGUUUCUCGCCGGUGAACUCGCGUUGUCCUCGCGAACGAUAACCAACUGGUUUCACAAUCAUCGGAUGAGACUGAAGCAACAGACGCCGCACGGCCAGCCGGAGCCUCAAUCGCCGAGAGAGCCUGGCCAACCGUUCGACCCGGUUCAAUUCAGAUUGCUGUUAAACCAAAGACUGUUGGAGAUCCAGAAGGAGAGACUAGGCUUGGGCAACGUGCCUCUGCCUUACACGCCGUACUUCAACCCGAACCUGGCUGCCUUAGUAGGGAACGCGCUCAAGGAACAGUGUUCCGGUUUGGACCUCUCCAUGAACGCGUUGAAACGGGAGCCGAAUCAAGAGUUCGAGGACGAGGACGUGGAGGACGCAAUGAGCAAUCUCGGUAGCGAGGACUCGGAGGGAUCGGCGGGUAGUAUAAAGAGAGAACCCGCGGAAACGCCCACGGCGCCGGCCACCGUCAGAUCGAACAGAAGAAAACCGGCAGCGCCGCAGUGGGUGAACCCCGAGUGGCAGGAACCGGCCAGAACGGGGGACGAGGUGAUCAUCAACGGUGUCUGCGUGAUGCAAACGGACGAUUACGGCGUGAAGAGAGAAGCCGAGGAAACGAUCAGGGUGGAACCGACUCCGGUGCAGGACAGAUACGAGGAAGACGCGCAAAGCGACGUGUCCUCUGUUUCUGGAAACAACGGCCAGGACCGGGACAGCCCUCUGCCGAGUCCAAAGUCUGGACAGAACAGCCCGGUGACCUCGCCUAGGCCACCGUCGACGCAGCAAACGCAACAGUCGACCGAGGAGAGCCCCAAGGAGACCGUGGUGAAACACGAGCCCGAGGAAACGUGGGAUUAUUAA